AUGAUGUUCUGGCAGGCCGCGCGGGGAUCCAUUGCGCGAGGAUCCAUCGCAGAGGCGGCGGCGGUUGCAGCAGCGCGAGCGCGAUCCCGAUCGUCGUCUCUCCGAUCGUGCAGGCCCUACCAUGACAAGGUGGUGGAUCAUUACGACAAUCCCAGAAAUGUGGGCUCAUUCGACAAGGCGGAUCCAAACGUGGGCACGGGCCUGGUGGGCGCACCCGCCUGCGGUGAUGUGAUGAAGCUCCAGAUCAAGGUGGACGAAUCGGGCAAGAUUGUGGACUCGUGCUUCAAGACAUUUGGGUGUGGAUCGGCAAUCGCGUCCUCGUCUGUGGCCACCGAAUGGGUCAAGGGCAAGGGCGUGAACGACGUGAUGGGCAUCCGCAACAGUGACAUCGCCAAGCAUCUGGCACUGCCGCCGGUGAAGCUCCACUGCAGCAUGCUCGCCGAGGACGCCAUCAAAGCUGCCGUCAAGGAUUACAACAAGAAGAAGGCGGCGGGCGGCGGCAUUACCGCCGCUUCAUCAUCUUCUGGAGCUGGAUCAUCCGGAGCCAAGUCGUAGGAUCGGUGUCCACUUCCAAGAUUUGCUGAAU